AUGAACAUAAGGAAAACCGUAUUUUUUUUGUUUUUAAUGUCCUUCCUUGUUGAAACAUUUUUAGGACAAAAUGGAAGAAUGGACGUUAGUAAUCUAUAUCCACAUUAUUUCGAUAUAGCCCCAAAAAUUGUCAUUGGUGUUAAUAAACCGCGAAUUAUAAAUAAUUUUUUUUUGGGCGAGGAUAGCACCGAUCAUAUAAAAGAAAAGAAAAAUUAUCUGAAAAAGGUUAUUAAUAAUGCGGAAGAGUUAUUACGCAUUAUUGAUGAAAACAAAAAUAAAUUGUUAGAAAAUAGAACUGAAGAACGGCAUGGGCUAAAAGUUGAAGCUGAUAUUAUGAAUGCAAACGAUAAAAAUAUUUCAAAUUUAUUACUAGAUAAUAAAAAUAAUGAAUUAAGAAAAAAAGAGGGAAAAUCCUCAGCUCCUGUUAUAAUAGUUCUACCUCAACCUCUUACCAAUCAGGAAUUGUUUCUUUACAAUAAAUAUAAGGAUUUAAUAAAAAAUGUUAAAGAAACUAAAAAUUUGUUAUUAAAAAUUAUCUAUUUCGAAAGAUUAGGAGAAAUUAAAAGCCGAAGUAAAAGGGAAGCCAUCAAUGAAAUACAGAUUACGACAAAAAUUAUAGAAAAGUGCAUCUCAAGGGGACGCGUUAUUGAAGAAAUAUUAGAAGAAAUACAAUAUGACGAGCAUGGAAAGGAAAACAAGAACAAUGAAAGGCUAAAAAGCGAACGAGACUUCUUAAAUCAGAAGAUAAACAUUUUGGUACAUAUUUAA